GCUCUGUGAAUCUCAGUGAGGUAGGGUACACUUACAAUGUGCUGCUGUUUAUAUUUAAUUUUUGUGGUUGCUGUUGUGUGGACCAACGUAACCAACACGUUGGCGCAAGUUAUUGUAUUCGAAAAGGAUCAAGAGUAUUGUAUCAUGAAAAAUGGAGAGAGGGGACAUUGUCUCAGGAUUACCUCGUGUCCAUAUGCUAUGGAGUCAUUCAGAGUUAAUCCUCCAGUUAUAUGUGGCUUCACUGGAGAAAUACCUAUGGUCUGCUGCAGCAACUUCACAGAUAGUGUGAUUAAGAAACCUCAUGAAGUACCUGAAGCCAUCUUGGAUAUCUCUUCUCCCAACUUUACUUUUGAGUGUGGUCUGAGCAGUCCUAGAACCGUAUAUUUUCCCUGUGACAAAUUCGAAAGUUCCUUUGGUAGGAAUCUUCGGAGCAAUUUCAACACAUCAAUUGAGGCCGCAGUCGGCGGAACACCGGCAGACAUAAAUUCCUGGCCCUGGAUGGCACUGCUGGGAGAGCGGAAUACCCAGGGAGUGAUCACCUGGCACUGCGGUGGUGUUCUUAUCAACGAUCAAUGGAUACUCACAGCAAGACACUGCUUCCAUUUUCACAAUGCAAACAUUGUACGACUGGGCGAACACGACUACAACAGCGGCGAUGACUGCGCUGAGCCUCACGACUAUGAGGUUUCUGAAAUCGUUUUCUACCCUGACUACACCUAUCCAGCCUACCACGACCUGGCAGUCCUCAAGCUCGCCCACAAAGUUCACAUACAUAAUUACAUAAGGCCGGUUUGUCUACCGUGGGGACGGGAGACCUCUACUAACAUAACGGGAAACAAGUUACAACUGACUGGAUGGGGCGACACCUUAUUUGGUGGUUCACCGAGCUCAGUUCUGCAAGAAGUAAAUAUAACUAUAUUUCCAUCUUCAAAAUGCGUUAAGAGUUAUUCCAAGCUACAGGAAUACUCAACCACUUGGCCUGAGGGUAUAAAUGAAGAAACAAUCUGUGCUGGAGACCCGGAAGGUGGAAGAGAUGCUUGUCAGGGUGACUCAGGAGGACCACUUGUAGGCCGCCACACUGCUGGGUAUUACGUCUUGGCCGGGAUUGUAUCUCGAGGAUAUGGUUGCGGCCACAAAGACUACCCUGGACUGUAUGUUAACCUCCGCUACCCUCAUUAUCUAGCCUGGAUCAAGAAGCUUGCCUUCUAGCACAAGAAUUUAUUUUUAAUAAAUAUUGGAAGUGGACACAUUGUGAAGCACGAUCAUUAGCUCGUAUCUGGUGGUCGACACACUGUGACGUAGGAUCAUUAACUGUUACCUGGUGCUCGACACUCUCUGACGUAGGAUCAUUAACUGUUACCUGGUGCUCGACACUGACGUAGGAUCAUUAACUGUUACCUGGUGCUCGACACACUGACGUAGGAUCAUUAACUGUUACCUGGUGCUCGACACACUGUGACGUAGGAUCAUUAACUGUUACCUGGUGCUCGACACUCUCUGACGUAGGAUCAUUAACUGUUACCUGGUGCUCGACACUGUGACGUAGGAUCAUUAACUGUUACCUGGUGCUCGACACACUGUGUCGUAGGAUCAUUAACUGUUACCUGGAGCUCGACACACUGUGACGUAGGAUCAUUAACUGUUACCUGGUGCUCGACACACUGUGACGUAGGAUCAUUAACUGUUACCUGGUGCUCGACACUCUCUGACGUAGGAUCAUUAACUGUUACCUGGUGCUCGACACUGUGACGUAGGAUCAUUAACUGUUACCUGGUGCUCGACACACUGUGUCGUAGGAUCAUUAACUGUUAUCUGGAGCUCG